GUGUGACGUUGUGUGUUAGGGGAGUAUCCUGAGCUUCAAACUCUGUGUCAUUCACUUAGACUCUCACAACCACAGGAGAGAUAUUGUUCACUGGUGCUCACACACUCACUCACACACAUACACAGAGACAAGAGAUCAGGUAACAAAAAAAAGGAGCUGUGAAGUCGGAAAACAGACAUACAGAACACGAGAAGUGAAAGAGAGAAGAGACAGAAAGAGAAAAGAUGACGAUUGGCAAGAACUCCAGGAAAAGCUCCAUGCGAAGCUCCAUUCGGGCACCAAAGUUUCUGGACAAAUCCAGUGGCUUCUACGGUCGCCUUGAUGAGCCCGAGGUCGCCGGAGAAGGGGAGGAAAGGUGGAACGGGAUGGAGGACAACAAGAGAGAAGGGGGAGUUGUGAGCAGCCAGAGUCCAAGUGUGAUGCACGGUUCUGGGGCAGAAGAGACGGAGAAAUCUGAGGCAUUUGACCUCAGUGAAGGGAUGAUGGAGGACGACGGAGAAACACUCCUCCGGAGGAAACCCAGCCGCCUCAGCAGCAGGUGGAGAAGAAGCUCCAGGAGGAAGCAAAAGGAGGCGAGAGCUGAGAAAGACGCAGGCCUGGGUGAGAGGCCCACUCUGGGCACAGAAAGUCCAGCUGACCUACAGGAUGACAUCAGGGUGAUGAUUGAGGUAGAGAUGGAGAAAGUGGAGGAAAAGAAUGAGAAGGCUGGAGGUGUGAAGGAGCUCCUACCCGUUCACUUUGCGGUUCGGGAGGAUGCGGACGACCAGGUCCUGAUCAGAGAUAAGAAGAGGGGGAGAGAAGAGGAGGGAGAGGAGGAGAGGAGAAUGGAGAAGGAGCAAGAAGAAGGGAUGAAGAUGGUGAAGAGGAACGCGGUGAAGAAUUACCGCAAGGCCUUGGACCGAGCCUUUCGUCGCGGCUGGGAGACCUUCAUUGCCAACCUCUACAGCGUCACCAUCACACCUGUGACAUCAUCCUCCCAGUCAUCUUCUUCACCUUCUUCAAAGAAGAAAGUGCAACACAGCUCUGUUUUAGCUGAGUUUCAGUAGAGCUGGAGAUCAACAUGGACAAUAAAAUAAACCAUUUCUAAUAUGUAUAUAUAUGUCUGUAUACUGAACUGCAACGGACAAUCCUGUCUGUAAGACUUUAACAAUCCCAUGGUGUGUUUGAGCAUGCAUAAGACAUUAAUUAUUUAUAUAAGUUAGUCUUAAUUACUCAUUGUAAAUUUUAUUGUCUUGUCUCAUGGUGUGCAUUAGUUUGUACACAAACUGCAGGUAUUUAAUUGUACUUUAUGAGAUGACAGAAGCAAGCUGUUGUUUGUACAUUGAAGUCUAUGAUACUGGCCUGAAUGGAAAAGUCCAGUUUUCAUGUGACUGAGUUCAGCUGCAUGUGCUUCCCUUCUAUGAUAAAUUUCAGAAUUGAGCAGCUCUCUUUAUAAUCACAUCUGGUCCACUAUUAAGAGCUUGGAGCACAUAUUUUUGCUUCCUUUGGCACUAUGAAACUACUACAGUCUUGAUGUGUAACCAAAGGGAAUGGAAAUUUUCAACCAUAUAGCAAUGACUGACCAGUGGACUGUGGUUAUAUAUUAAUCAGUGCCAUUUAUUGCUGUCUGGCAGCUAAUCAGUAAUCAGGAGAAACUUGUCUCUGUGAUGCACAUUACCACACACAGGGUGUAUGUUAAUAUUUGUGGAGAAUCUGCAGUUUUAGCCAAUGUUAACCCAUUUAAACAGUGUUUUUCCACCUGUGUGCGCACAGAUAGUACAGCUUGCCAGUGUUUGACUUCCUCAUAAGAUAAAGUUCAUCUCUCUCUGUGCGUUCUGGUGAAGGUUAUUUAACCUGAGGGGACAGGACAGGGGAGUGCAUGUCUGUGUGUAUUCGAAAGACAGAAAGAGAAUUUUUUUUAUAGCCUGGUUAUACUGUCAAUCAGCAGUAAAUUCAGUGAUACAGUGAUGCAGUACCCACUAUAUGUCGCAUUACUUUUUUUAGUGAUGUAAAACAUCUGUCAUUGGCACUGUCAAAUAGUAUUUAAGACCUAGCUGUAACUUCAGUAUCAACAUCUGGACACAGGAAGACAUGAUGUUUGUGAAUGAGAUUUUAAAUGACUGACCAUAGUUAAAAUGAAAAAGGAAAUGUUUACAACAGGCCUGCUGUAAUUUCCUUUUAUUUUAGCUUUUAUAUUACCUCAAGUGUACACUUGCAGACCGGACUGAAUGGGGGGGAAUUAUUAAUUUUUAUAAAAAAUCUUUUGUAUCCUAAUCAAAGCUUUUGACGUCCUGAACCAUAAAAAAGAAGCACUUUAAAUAAAGGCUUAAUUUAUUGUA